AUGGAGCGGAAGAAGGAUGAGGACGGAGUGGGCGAUCCAACGGGCAGCAGGAGGACGGAAUCACAUACCGGUCGGUCGCGCCACUGUGGAGGAGCGGCGCCGGAGCGAGGCGCUGGAGCACAGGAGGAGAUCGGAGAGGUGCCGCCAGCGGAAGGAGGCGAUAGUCCCCAUCUCGGACAUGGCGAGGAAGAGGGCCCAAAAAGCCCAGGAGAUGUGCGAGGAGAUCGACCGGGAGUGGAGAGACGUCAGGAGAGAUGGACGGGAGAGAGCAAUGAGGAGGGCGAUGUCAAGGAGGAUGCGGCUGCGACGGGCGAGGCGGCUGGUGGAGGCCGCGAAAAGGAGGAAAGCCACGAAGAGGACCCGGCCAGCGACGCGGUGGCCCGCGGUGCCACCAACACCACGCCCUCGAUCGGAACGACCGGAGGAAAGGGAGGUGGCAACGGCCGCCAGAAAGAGGCAGCAGGAGUCAACGUGGCCUGCGGCACCACCUACGCCACGCCCAAGGAAGGAGGACAAGGAGGAGGAGCCGUGGACGAAGGGGCCGUGGGUGUGGCCAACACCACGGAAGCCGGCGCUGGGCCGGCAGCACUCGUGCCCGGAGCAGCGGCCAACGAGGCCGGUGCUGAUGAGGUCAGCGUCGGAUGGAGGCGACAAGGAGGUCCCAGAAGCAGACUGACCGCCGGAGCUCUGUGUGAGGGUGGCGGCGGAUGUGGAGAGGAGGCGCGGACGCACCGGAAGGUGGUGUGUCAUGGCGCAGCACAGCGCAUCAACACCGAUGUCCAAACGGCUCUGUCGUUUCCCGAAGAAGGGGGGAAGUGUGAGGAGAUUUAG